CUUGGAGCAAGUCCUUAGCUGCGGGCGCGGCCUUGGGAGGGCAACUGUCGCAGAGGAGCAAUCAUGGUGCGGCCGGGGCUCGCCGCCGCAGCCGAGGAACGGCAGAGAAAGCUCCAGGAGUACCUCGCAGCCAAGGGAAAACUGAAGUGCCCAGACAGCAAGCCUUAUCUAAAAGCCAAGAGUAAUUGCCCAAAUCCUCCGCCUUCUAAAUCUACUGUUAGACCCAAAAAGGAUGUUACCAACCACGCUGCUUUGCCUGUCAAAGCUGCAAGACCCAUCAGCAGCCAACUUCAUCCUAGACCUGCCAAUAACCCAGGGUCUCAGGAGCCACAGUUGGAGCCACCGAAACGUCUGGGCGAAAGGCUGACUUCAGAACAUGUUUCUUCCAACCCAAACGGUGAGCCUUCCAUCAGAAGUCAGCAGCAGCACAAAGCUGGGUCAUCCACCAGAGAGCUGUCAGGGAAAACUGCAGGGUCACUUAACACACAGGAGCUGAAAGCUGCAAAACCACAGGCGACAGACGCAGGAAAUGGUGCGCGUGCAGACUCUGUGGACAAGGCCCGUGGUGGGGGUGAGUCCUUGCAUGGCUGUCCAAAGCACACAAACAAGGAGAACUUGCCCUACACCUCACUGCACUCUGAGAAGAAACCACAGCCUGGGUCCUGGGCCAGAAGUGAGCCAGAGACCAGCUCGUACCAUCAGACCAAGAGCAGUCUGGCUCCUAAACAAGCCUUGGCCAGAAGCUCAUUGAAUAGUGCUGUUCUGAAAGACAGAGCUAAUGAACAGCUUGUUCGAGGAACACGGGCCAGGAUUCCACCCGGGAAGUCACAGCAGCUGUCUAGAGGAGCAGGUCUUGCAAGACCAGGAGGAAAAGCCCCAAAGACAGUUCCCUCUCACUGUGUUCAGACCCUUAGUAGGACUCAAGCAUCAAGGAAACCAGGGUUCAAGGAUCCAAAGGAUACGAAGGUUACUAAGAGUAAAUACGAAAGACCGAGUGGGGCUAAGAUACCGUCACACGCUGUUGCUGAACAGAGAGCAGAGCAUAGCAGACCCAGGACAGGCCCAGGCCUGCUGCGGGGGGUUACUGACAGCAGGCAUCCAUGUGUUGGGCAAGAUCGCAAGCCCCCUCAACCCCCUUCUGGGCCACAGGCACCAUGUGUGCCACACAGGUCCAAUGUCAUCAGCCAAAGGCCUGACCUGGCACCUGGUAGCUUUACCUCAGUCACUGCCAGGGCUCCGAGCUCAAGAGCGGAUGCAGCCAGUGUGAAUAAGCACAGCAGCUGUCCACAGAAAGUACGGACUCUGCACCCCCAGUGGAAAGGGGCUAUCCCCCAGAACCAUUGCCUGUACAAGACAGCUCCCAAAACUCACGCUGGUGGCACAGCCGCACAUAGAACGGGAGUCCCGCGUGGGACCCAAACGAGCCCAGGUGCUAAGAGGAAGACCACAGCAGAGGAUCGAAGGAAACAGCUGGAAGAAUGGCAGAAAUCUAAGGGGAAAAUGUAUAAACGGCCUAUGGAACUUAAAACAAAAAGAAAAAUCACAGAGGAAAUGAAUAUUUCAUUCUGGAAGAGAAUGGAAAAAGAAGAGGAAGAACAGAAAGCCCAACUUGAACUGUCCAGUAAAAUCAGCAGCACUCUGACCGAGUGUCUGCAGCUCAUCGAAGGGGGUGUGCUUUCUAAUGAAGUAUUCACCAUCCUGUCCAGUAUUCCUGAGGCUGAAAAAUUUGCUAAAUUCUGGAUCUGCAAAGCAAAGUUCUUGGCAAGUAAAGGCACCUUUGAUGUCAUCGGGCUGUACGAAGAGGCCAUAAGAAAUGGGGCAACACCAAUACAAGAGUUGCGGGAAGUUGUUCUUAACAUCUUGCAAGACCCCACGAGAGCCACAGAUGGAACAACCUCUGGGUCUUCAGCUGCUGAAACUAGUAGGACAUCGAUACAGGAGCUGGCUGGCGAGAUGGAGCCUGCAAAGUCUUGUCUUUCUCCAAAAGGGAGGGAGCAGGCUCUAGCAACACCCCAGAAACCCAAGGCAGAGCAGGGCUGUCAUUCUGGUAUCAAAUUACAGGUGGCCCCCAUCCCCAGGGUGAGCGGGAUGCCUGAGGUGCAGGACCUGAAGCUGGUCACCCCUGUCCGGCGUUCGGCGAGGAUCGAGCGAGUCGCAUCCCACUACCCGGAGCUGCUGCGGGAGCAUGACAUGGUGGUGGCGUCUCUUGACGAGCUCCUGGAAGUGGAGGACACGGAGUUCUUUGUGUUCCGCAGAAAUGAGGCCUUGCCGGUGACCCUGGGGUUCCAAAGCCUCAAAUCAUAACUUUCACUCUUCUUAAGAAGGCAUUUCAGCCUCCGUGGGACAAGUCACACCCUCAUCCAGCCGGCCUGGGACUUGGGAAGUCACUCGGGCUCCCUCUCAAGGGUGUCCCACAGGAAAGCCUCCAGCUUAUUUGUUCAAGGCAGCAGAAACCUCACGCUGAAUGCGAUUUGCCCGAGUGCGCAGUGGGCCGGGCGCUGGCCCGUUCUGUGGCCUUGCCUUCCUGCAUCCGCCUUAGCGGAUGGACACACCAGGCUUCCUGUCAAGUCCCCUCAUUUUACAGAUAAGUUUGCACCGCUCGGCCUUUGCUCAGAGUUCAUGGGUGACAGGCAUUGACCUUUGACUUCCGUCACCAUGUCCCUGUGGUGAGGGGUGACUCACGCCCUUCCUGUGCCAGGUCUCCUCUAAAAAAAUGCACCCCUGAAUUGGAAUGGACGUCUAGCUUCUCAUACCCGCACCUAACCUUGCAUUUGUUGUCAGAGGUGCUUCAAAUGGAAGCUGGGGGGCAGAGGUGGUGUGGGGGCGCCAUGUCUUCACUUCAGUUCUUCCCCGGACCCCAGGCCUGAGAAGGCUGUGCGAGCCCCACACUCCAGGUUGCCGUCCCUUCUCUCUGGGCAGCUGGCUGCCCUCGGAAAGGAAAGAUCAAAAUUGUUAUGUAAAUAAAUAUGGAUAGAAACUUUCGUCAACAUACUUGACAUUUUAGUUUUUUUCAUAUUUAAAUAUUAACCAAAAAAAGAUGAUUAAAUUUUGUUUAUUCCUGCUUA